UCACUCACUCACUCACUCACUCACUCACUCAGGCAAUCCAAUAACUCUCACACACUUGGACAGCGUUCAUUUCUAACUUAACCGCGAAACUCCUGGCCAGGAGAAAAGAGUCACUUUACUAUUUAUUGUCUUCCUCCUCCCCUAUUCCCACUGAGAACGCAGAAAACGCCGCGCUCUUCCCGGGAAAACCGUCUAACUGAUUUUGAAGUGAGGGGACCACGGCAGUUGGAGAGAGAGGGUAGCUAGGAGGUCGGCCUUGUCCGUCUAUCAGCUCUGUCCGAGCACUUUUUCCCGGGUCCCUAAAGCCUGAGGAUGGAACUCUUACCUGAGCAAAGCAAACCCCCGAGCGGGAACAACCUCACCAACUGUCAUCGGACCAUCUUCGGCAACAUUAAGGUGUUUGUGCUCUGCCAUGGGCUCCUGCAGUUCUGUCAGCUCCUCUACAGUGCCUACUUCAAGAGCAGCCUCACCACCAUCGAGAAGCGCUUCGGCCUCUCCAGUUCCUCUUCUGGCUUUAUCUCCAGUUUAAAUGAAAUUAGCAACGCAAUCCUCAUCAUCUUCGUCAGUUACUUUGGCAGCCGCGUCCACCGGCCCCGGAUCAUUGGCAUUGGGGGCCUCCUGCUGGCCGUAGGAGCUUUCCUUCUCACCCUCCCUCACUUCCUCACACAGCCAUACCAGUAUUCCGCUGACAGUGGGGGAAACAGCAGUCAACUGCAAGCAAUCUGCCAUAAGAAUAGGCCGGAAUUUGUUCCAAAUAAGUGUCAGAAUGUUUUUCGGGAUCCCAAAAAGGAGACCAGUAGUAUGUGGGCUGUGAUGGUGGUUGCUCAACUCUUGGCUGGCAUUGGGACAGUCCCCAUUCAACCCUUUGGCAUCUCCUACGUGGAUGAUUUCGCUGAACCAAAUAACUCACCUUUAUACAUUUCAAUCUUAUUUGCCAUCGCUGUCUUUGGACCAGCUUUCGGAUACCUGCUGGGGUCGGUCAUGCUGCAGAUCUUUGUCGAUUAUGGAAGGGUCAAGACAGCUGAUGUGAACAUGAGCCCCGCAGACCCACGAUGGAUUGGAGCCUGGUGGCUAGGCCUGCUCAUUGCCUCAGGCUGCUUGAUCAUCACAUCUUUCCCAUUUUUUUUCUUCCCACGGAGCAUGGCCAGAGGAAAACAGAUGUCCAGUGCUCUGGCAGAUGAGAUGAGGAGGAUGGAGGAAAUCAAACCCAGUGGCUCCAUGUCAGAUUUCAUUAAACGGUUUCCUCGAAUUUUCGUGAGACUUCUGAUGAACCCCCUGUUUGUCUUGGUGGUCCUGGCUCAGUGCAGCUUCUCCUCAGUCAUCGCUGGCCUCUCCACUUUCCUCAACAAAUUCCUGGAGAAACAGUACGGCACCACUGCAGCCUAUGCCAACUUCCUCAUCGGUGCUGUGAACCUCCCAGCGGCCGCCUUGGGGAUGCUGUUUGGGGGCAUCCUUAUGAAGCGCUUUGUUUUUUCCCUUCAAACCAUCCCUCGUGUGGCUACAGUCAUUAUCACCAUCUCCAUGAUCCUCUGCCUUCCCUUGUUCUUCAUGGGCUGCUCCACACCAAUCAUUGAGGAAGUUAACCCAGGAAGCACACCAAGUUCUAUAAAUCGGGCUCCACUAGAAUGUCGCAGGGAGUGCUUGUGUCCUGAUUCCAUGUUCCACCCUGUCUGUGGGUCCAAUGGGCUGGAAUACAUCUCCCCCUGCCAUGCUGGCUGCAUGAGCUUCAGCAGCAUGGAGAAUUCAAAACAAAUGACCUAUUUCAACUGCACCUGUAUCCCUGGGGACACCUCUUUUGCGAAGACAGGAUCAUGUCCAAUCCCCUGUGCUCACUUCCUGCUCCCCACCAUCUUCCUCAUAUCGUUUGUCUCAUUGAUUGCCUGCAUUUCCCACAAUCCCCUCUACAUGAUGGUCUUAAGGGUAGUGAAUCAGGAAGAAAAAUCGUUUGCCAUAGGCGUCCAGUUCUUGCUGAUGAGGCUGUUGGCCUGGUUGCCCGCUCCAGCCCUGUAUGGCCUUACUAUUGAUUACUCCUGCAUCCGGUGGAAUACGUUGUGCUCAGGGAAGAGAGGGGCCUGCAGUUAUUAUGACAACGACUCUCUUCGCAACAGUUACUUGGGACUGCAGAUGGGCUACAAAGCCCUAGGCUUACUGCUGCUCAUCUUCAUCAGCUGGAGGGUGAAGAAAAAUAAAGAAUAUAACAUCCAGGAAAAAGCAUCUGGGCUGAUUUAGCAUUCCUCAUUUAUCCCAGCUUUGACCUCUAGGAGAACUGAACUCCAAGCUCUGUCUCUCCCACCCCAGCCCCCCCUGCCAAAACUGGUAUUUACUAAAGUUAACAAAUAGUUUUCCUUUUUGUAACUGGGAAGAAGAGGAGAAAACAGACCCCUUUUUACUUUUUCAAAAACUUGCUCUACUUAACUGAGCUCUGUAAAUGUAUAUCUGAUCUGUACUACUGUAUAACUCAUUGUCAAUGGAUCUCCAGCUUCUAUGAAUGUGGGUGGAGCCAUGGGCUAGCCCCUUAUUCAGAACUCUGACCUCAGCUGAGUGUUCAUCAACCAGUCGCUUCUUAGGAUCUGACCAGAACGCUCUACUUAAGGCAUUCCAAUGUCCAGAGAAAUAGUGCUUGGGCCCUCAAAGAAGAGAAUUGCUACAUAAGCACAGUUGGAGACUCUAGCCACCCAGGAUACAAAACCCUUACCUUCCCCCUGGGCCAGGGACCAGGCACCAUAUGGAGAAGUAGUUUGCUGGUAACACAGAGUGAUUAUUUUAUUUUCUGAAAGAGAUAAAGAAAGAAAUAUAUUGAUUCUUUUACAAAUAGUCUCUUGGGAUUUAAUAUUUUGGCUGUUGUAGCUGCUUGAGACACACUAAGCCCAAAGACUAGAAAGAGAAAGUAAUCUGUGUUGAAGUAGGGAUAAUGGAUGGAACUAGGAGCAUGUGGGCACAGAGUGGUCUGAUGCCAGUCCCUCUCAUCUUCAGGAAACAUUGGAGCCUUCACUACCAAGUGGAGCCAUUCUCAUUGACUUUAUACUCUCCUGAUCUACAACCUGACCAGGAGCCCAAGAAGGAAAGGUGACCAGUCCCUCAAAAAUCUUGGCCCCCAAAGUGCCUCUAGUAGUUUCCAAUAGAAGUCAUCUUAGAAACUGGCAUGAGAUACAUCUGGUAGCCACUCAUCCCUCAUCAUCCUCACUGACGGAAUGCAGUAGAAGCACAGAUAAUCCUCCAUGAUGGAUUGUCCAAAUAUGAAGUGUCAAUGUCAAAGCCACUUUGGAAUUUACAUGUUUUUAUUUGUGUCUGGUGUUCUGGAAAUUUGCCUCAAACCAAAGGAUGAGGCCCUUCUGAGAGGAAGAUGUGAAGUGGAGCAGAAAAGCUGUCUGGUUUUCCUCCUCUGCCCUCCUUCACCUGACACUUGAGUUCAUUCCAAUCCCACUUUCAUUUGGAAGAAACAACUCUUCUAGAGUGAGAGGAGAAAGGAGAGUACUCUCAUAAAGCCCCAGCUUCAGCAGAGCUACACCGUUUCAAAUCUUUUUUUUCUGGACCAGGGCGGGACAUCAAGUCUACAAUGCAAAAGGGGUUCUCUUCCCAAGCAUCAGGCUGCAUGGAUAAUGAAGAAAGAAAUGGAGUAAAUAUGAGAUGGUGAUGAAGCAAGUGAUCUGUUUGCAGGCUAGGAACCUCAAAAGGCAGUAGCCUUAAAAGAAAAGUUUGCCCCCACAAACUGUAAUAGAGAUAUGUCAUCCUCACUGGCAUUCAGAGUUGAUUGUACUUAUCUUCAAGCAUAUUUGUAAUUAUAAACAUGUUUAAAACCA